AUGGCUUCAUCGCGGGGUUGCAGCUUUUCGAUGAUGUUCACGUCGCGUAAUUACGUCACUUCAAAACGUUUCCAUGGCAACAGGGGAAAAUGGCUGCUCUUGUGUGAGGUAAACGCAACAUUUUUGCAACGAAAAUGCGGGGAUUAUGAAAUCAUGCAAGUAUUUGAAAAAAUGCGACCCCCCGCAUAAAUAUGCGGACUUCGGCUGAUUAUGCAUUGAAUUAUGAGAUCGCAUAAUCGCGUUUUUCUGGAGGGACUGACUAGUUAUUACUCUGAAUCACGCCCAGAGUAGCUAAAUAGUUGUCAAAUAAAUGUAGUGGAAUAGAAUAAGUACAAUGUUUCCCUCUGAAACAUGAGUAGAAGUAUCAACUAUCCUAAAAUGGAAAUAGUCAAGUAAAAUACAUUUAAUACAUCAUGUACAAGUACAAAUAGCUCACAUCUAAAAGUAGUGUUCUGGUAUAUAUGUACUUACCACUGAUGACUGAUGCAAGAAAACUACAUGCGGACACACUGGGCCAUAAAUAAUGAAUUAAUAUUUUGUUUUUGCUCCUGAGGUUUAUAAUUACUCACUUAUGGUCUUCGCCUUCAGGUUAAACGAUUGGAUCACAGAGAGAAAGAAAAUAAAUGUCUGCUGCGUGAUAUAAGGCAGCCACUCACAAGUUAACAAGUUUAACAAGUUUAACAAGUGGCUGACCUCAUCUAGUUCAUCUUCGGGAAGUAUGAUUUGCAUUCUAUUUGUUUUUGGUGUGUACAUGAAAGAGUAUUGUUAGUAUAAAUACUGUGCACCAGGAAGUUAUCAAUGCUGUGUACACACGAUAGGAACCAUCAGACUCAGCAUUCGCAGGCUGUUUACUGGUCUAAAUGUUCCAAAACCUUUUCUAACCUCAUAUAAAACAUCUAACCUGUUUAUCCAUGCCUUUGUCGGUAUCCAGAGGAGUCAAUUAACUUGAGUUCAAAAGAGGAAAACCAAACGUAAGUACAUCUUAAUUAGAAAAUAAAAUGUUCAUUGAAUGAAAUAUUUUGCUGCAGAAAUACUAUGAUGAUCGCUUAUAAUGGCAGAGCUAGUUGUGAUGAUACCGUUGUGUUGCCUUUUUUAUGCAAGGCAAUAACUGCACAGAGGUAGAAACUGGAGGUUAUGAUUUCUCUAGUUUUAGUACCGAAGAGAAGCUUUGCAGCGUGUUGUGAAAUUCUGAAGGUGUGGCUCUUCUGAGCAAUAAAACAGAGAAGGCAGCUGGAGUGAUUGAACAAGUUGUUGCACAUCCCUUUUAAUGGUAAACAUACUUUGCUCUAAACCAGUUCAAGUCUACAGAUAUCUGAAUAAAAGAUAUUUUGUUCCGACCUGUGGAUUACAGUACCUACUUUAACAGCUAGUGUCUCAGUUUGAGAGUGGCAAUCCAUCCAAUAGCCCAAAAUCAAUGAUUCAUCCUCUGGCCUGAAUGUCUGGCUCAAAUGUCAAUGUCAUGGCAGUUCAUUGAAUAGUUGAGAAAUCUGAGCCUGAAACAAAGUUGUGGACAGAGCAACACUGCCAUCUCUACAUGGCUCAAGAUGUAUGACAGGAAGAACAAAGUUCCAGUUUUGCAGCAGCGAUUGAGAAACCAACACCUCUGAGGACAAAUUAACUGAAUGGGGCUUCAGUGAGUUCAUUCAGAGAUUUGAAGAUGAAGGCAUUGACAAGGAGACUUUUCUAAGUCUUGGAGAGUUGGGCAGAAUUAAUGUCUUGAUACCUAAAAUUGGACCAAGAGUCAAAUUCAGAAAGAGACUCAAAGAAUACCUACAGUGGAAUUCCAGGGAGACAUGUGAUUUUGUCCGGGACAAAUUAACUGAAUGGGAUCUCACUGAGUUGAUUCAGAGAUUUGAAGAUGAAGGCAUUGACAAGGAAACUUUCCUAAGUCUUGAGGAGUCAGGCAACCUCACUGAAUUGAUUCCUAAAACUGGACCAAGAGUAAAAUUCAGAAAGAGAUUCAGAGAAUACUUACAGGCCCUGAAAGGAAGACACACUGAAACUCCUGAAACGAUGAUGGACACUGAAACUGACACAAAUUCAGACCAAGAUGACGACCCUGAAAUGGACUCAACUAUUUUUCCAUGGCACUUUGAGUUCACUUCAACGCCUGAUGCAGAUCGUGACAGCGACAUAAGGGAGGAGCCAACAUCCAACAGUAACUUGAGUACAGGCCUGCUUGCUGUCAUACUCUUCAUUCUGCGUCACCAUCUAACUACGGCUGUGGGUGAAUUAAUGGCUCUGUUGAAUUUUCUCAGCCCUAAUAUGUUUGUUGCAUCUAAGUAUCUCUCUGAUAAGAUUUCCACCUUGGCUACUGUGUUCUACUGUCAUAACUGCCAAAAACACAUGGGAAAAAAUCCCAGUGAUACUUCUUGUUUGGACUGUGGCACAAUGUUUGACAAAAAAAGCAGUACCAAAAGUGGACACUUCUUUUUGUCUGCAUCACUAAAAGACCUUCUGAGAGAGAUCCUUAGGAAUCAUGGCACUGAGUUGUUACCUAAAACAGUCAACCAUGGGGCUGACAUUAAAGAUGUGAUGGAUGGUAAGAUGUACCAGGAGCUGCUUGAACGGGGAAUACUGGCUAAAAAUGACCUUACGCUGUUAUGGAAUUGUGAUGAAGUACCAAUUUAUAACUCAGCCAUAAACUCAAUUUGGCCCCUUCAGUUUACUAUUAAUGAACUUCCUUACACACAAAGAAGGGAAAAUGUCAUAGUUGCAGGACUUUGGUUUGGCCCAGAAAAACCUAAGAUGAACACGUUUCUAAAGCCUUUCAUAGAUGAAUGUCGUGAUUUAGCCCAAAAUCCCUUUCAGUGGACAGACAGCAAUGGCACAGUUCACUCCUCAAAAGUCUUCUCCUUGGUUUGCUCUUCUGAUGCCGUGGCGAGGCCACUCCUUCGGAACUGCAAACAAUUCAAUGGUGAAUAUGGUUGUGACUGGUGCUUACACCCUGGCGUGAUGGUCAAAAAAGGCAGCGGAUCCAUGAGGUCCUACCCGUUUGAUGAACAGAAACAAUCCGCAAGGUCAAAAAAAAUGUUUAACGAUGACGCAGCGCAGGCUGAAAACAACAAACAGAAACAAACGAAAAUGUACCAAACAGUAAAUGGAGUAAAAGGAUUGUCCUUGCUUUCCAUUCUUCCCUUCUUUGACAUUGUUUUUGGAUUUGUACCCGAUUACAUGCACUCAGUUCUGCUUGGUGUGUCCAAACAACUUAUGUCUCUGUGGUUGGACCCAGUCAACUCUAUGAAACCUUGGUAUAUAGGUGAACAGGUUUCACAAAUGGACUUGCGUCUUCUCCGUCUAAGGCCGCCAUCAGAAAUAACUAGAUCUCCACGAUCACUAAAGUGUUGGGAAGUCUGGAAAGCAUCGGAGUGGCGAGCAUUCCUUUUAUUUUAUGCUGUUAGCGUCCUGCCAGGUAUCCUGUAUCCUCCAUUUCUGCAACAUUAUUUUUACUUUUCAUUUAGUGUCCACAUUCUGCUACAAGAAUCAAUCUCCCAACACGACCUUCAGUUGGCCCAUAAGUCCUUGGUACAGUUUGUAGAAGAAAUGAAAGAACUUUAUGGUGAAGAAAAUGUGUCUUUCAACUGCCAUCAGUUGAUCCACUUAACUGAGAGUGUACAGAACUGGGGGCCUCUCUGGGCAACAUCAGCAUUCAGUUUUGAGAGAAACAGCGGAAGUUUAAGGACUCUGCUUAAAGGCAUGAAAGACAACCCUCAAACAAUUUACCAGAGGUUUCUCAUUUGGCAGCACUUACCCAGACACCUUAGUUCUUUGGUUUUUAACCACCAAUCAGAUUUUGAUGAGUUGUUAGCCAAGCUCACAGAUGGCUCUGACAAACCCCUUGGAAACUCAUGCUAUCUGGAUCUCACAGGAUCCACAAAACUAGCAAUACAAGAGCUCUUAAAUCGACCAGUUCUUGUCAAAUCAGCAGAAGCUUAUGACAGCUUCUCUCAUGGACACACUGUUUAUCACUCUACAAACUCUAAAGAGUCCGACUGCGUUAUUCAACUCAAGAAUGGCUGCUGUGGAGAAAUACAGUUGAUUUUACUUUUUAAAGAAAACUGUGUUUGCACAUCCAACUGUUUGUGCCAGGCUAGUCCAAUCAUUGUGGUCCACCUGUAUGACAUCAAACCUGAUACACUGUUCAGCAAAAUACCUCCUUAUACAUCAAAGACCAUCUUUGAAAGAGUUCAAAAGACAGAUCAACCUAAAGCUUUCUUCUUAGAGGAUAUCAGCUGUAAAUGUAUGUACGUGGAUGGUUACCUUGUGCCUGUACCAAACACAUACGAGAGAUAUUAAAGUCACUGCAGGGUUAAAGCGCUUGGGGCUCGAGACUUGGCUGUAACUGCAUGCAGUAUGUCUAACUUACCUUACCACAAGCCUUAAGAAACAUCAGUGUGUACAGCUGUACACGUGCACUUGUUAGGGUUAUACUUAUGAUCAAAAACUAGUGAGUGGAAAGCUUACACAACCAAACAUUUUUUGAUGAAAUGUAUUCAUUGUUCAGACCCAUUUAGGGAAACAAUUUAAUGGCAACAGAUUUCCAAUGCCUCUUUUGUUUUAGGCUGAGUACUGAUUUUAGGGGAGAACAAUGCAACUAUUUAAGAUAUGGAGUUAGAUAUAGUACAUUUAUGCAUUUAACAUUUACAAAGGUACUGUAUAGCUUCCCACCUCACAUCCCUGCAUCAGUGUUGGAAACAAUGGGGUCAGAGCACUUUGUACUGGAUAAUAAAAUUAUCAAAUAUACAUGGAUAAUGUAAACUAUGUUAAACACAUUCAUUUUACAUGAAUGCCAACACAUAUGCCAAUACAAAUAUCACCUAUGUUUCUCUUUACCUCUGAUCUUUGUAGCUCUCCCUCAUUCAAGACUAGUAAGAUCUUGAUCUUGUAUCUGCUCAAAACAAACAAAAAUAAACAUUUUAUUAUCAUUGUCCUUACAGUGUACAAAUGAUCAUAACUGCCCGUUUUAUAUCAAUCAAAAGGGGUAAAAAUAGAGUGAGUUCAGUUAUUCUUACAGUCAAUGACACUCUAAUCUCUCUGAACAUUACCAUAUGUCUCUAAUCACUAAAUUGUUCAUGUUAAAAUGUUACAUGCAUACUGUGUAGAUACAUCAAAACAUUUGUUCAAUUAAACAUUGACUUCUACUGCCCUCUGGUGUUCACAGUAAGAAAAAAGCAUAGAAGAAAAAAAUUGUGUGUUGGUGUGUAUCCAGCUCAAUAUAUAAACAAGUGUAUGUGAUCACAUUCUCAUGUCACUGUCAGACUGAAAGGUUUCAUAUUAUUUCUUCUAUUUCUUCUUCUUUAAGCGUUAUAGUGAGUUUCAGCUCAGCGUUUGAUUAGUCCAGCCUGCUACCUUACCGCCAUUUUCUGCUGCUGUGUGUGUGUGUGUGUGUGUGUGUGUGUGUGUGUGUAACUAUUGUACUUUGAACUUGAAGAUAAACUUGGAUCAGUUUUUAAGUUUUCCUUGGUUCUUUCUCAAAUGUUUGAGAGAGCCCUCUCUCCAAUCUUUUUUUCUUUUACUUAGUGAGCAAUUUUGGGUUGUUUUUUUUUGUUUAUGUAACUGUUGCACAUGUUUGUUAUUAUUUUGGAAAAAUAAGAAAAUCCAAUAAAUAUAUUGUAAAUAUAUAUUUAUAUAUAUAUUAAGUAUAAAAAACAUUAAGAAACAGCUUGGUUGCAUUCAUUCACCUGUAUUAUUAAGGAAAAUACAAGUAUUGGAUCAGGACUUCAGCAGAUAUUAAAUGUGGAUGAGGGGCAAAAAAGUUAAAUGGGACAUCGUUGCCAUCAUAUUGAAUUGGUAUCUAGAAUCGUGGAAUUUCACUGGUAUUGGUAUUAACUACUUAACUGGUAUCGUGAAAUACCUAAUGGCAGUUUAGGGGAACUGUGGAGGUCCCAAGACCAAGCAGGAGGUACUGAUAUCGGCAAGAGAGAUAGAAAGAAGAUGACAUCUUUUCAAUGAAAAAACAACUGAACUAUAUAUAUACUAUAUAUGUAAAUAUAUGUGUGUGUGUGUGUGUGUGUAUGUACAUAUAAAUGGUGGAAAAUAUUUGUAGAUUUAAGUUAUUUAUUUGAAAAUGUAUUAUUGGACAAAACUAUUAUAAAGUAUCACAAGUG